CCUAACUGACCGACUGACCUUUUGCUCACCAUGCCUGGGGAAGUGAUUGAUCGUCCGAAUCCGCAGCCGGCUCCUUCAAAUAUCCCCGACUAUGUCUCUGACCUGCUUGUUAAGUUGGAAAAGCCAACCUUGGCUAACAAGACGAACGAUAUCAUUGCAAAGUAUAGACGUGCGGCCAACUAUAUUGCUGCCGCCAUGAUCUUCCUACAGGACAAUGUCCUGCUAAAGCGAGAUCUCAAGUUCUCCGACAUCAAACCAAGACUGCUAGGUCACUGGGGCACAUGCCCAGGACUCACCUUGGUAUAUUCCCACCUGAAUAUCUUGAUUAGGGAGCAUGAUCUUGAUAUGAUAUAUGUCGUCGGUCCAGGACACGGUGCCCCAUCUAUUUUAGCCAAUCUUUGGCUGGAGGGUUCCCUAACAAAGUUCUAUCCGGCCUGUUCCCAGGAUUCUGCAGGAUUAGCCACGUUGAUAAGCGGCUUCAGUACAACCGGUGGCUUCCCUAGCCAUAUCAACGCUGAAACUCCCGGUGCUAUACAUGAAGGUGGCGAGCUCGGCUAUGCAUUGAGUGUCAGCUUCGGGGCCGUUAUGGACAAUCCUGAUCUCAUCGUCACAUGCAUUGUAGGCGACGGAGAGGCUGAAUCCGGUCCCACUGCCACCGCAUGGCACGGUUACAAGUACAUUGACCCAGCAGAAUCCGGAGCCGUCCUUCCUAUUGUACAUGUCAAUGGCUUUAAAAUCAGCGAGAGAACCAUAUAUGGUUGUAUGGACGACAAAGAGAUGGCCGCGCUCUUCACGGGCUACGGCUAUCAGCCAAGAGUCGUCGAUGAUUUGGAUGAUAUCGACGCAGAUCUCUCUAGUUCACUCGAAUGGGCACUUUCUGAGAUCAAACGCAUCCAAAGCGCUGCCAGGAGUGGGAAGCCCAUCAUGAAGCCCCGAUGGCCUGUCUUGAUUCUUCGAACCCCCAAAGGAUGGUCUGGCCCAAAAAAGGUCCACGGCCAAAUUGUCGAGGGUUCAUUCAAAGCACAUCAAGUCCCUCUCGCGGCCGCAAAGACUGACCCAGAAGAACUGAAAAUGCUCCAAGACUGGCUGUUGUCCUAUAAACCGGAGGAGCUCUUCAAGGAGAAUGGGGAUGUUAUUGACGAGAUCAAGUCCAUCAUUCCUGAGAACCCAGAGCGACGACUGGGUCAAAAUAAAAAGUGCUACAAUGUAUAUGAGGGACUGAAGCCCAUGGACUGGCGGAAGCUUGCAGUGAAGAAAGGCUCCUCUGAAAGCUCCAUGAAACAGGUGGGAAAGCUAUUAGACCAAGUCGUCCAGGACAACCCCUCGACGUUUCGGAUCUUCUCACCCGAUGAAUUCGAAUCCAACAAACUCGACGCCGUCCUCAACUCGACUGGUCGGAACUUCCAGUGGGACCAGUUCUCCAAUGCCCAGGGUGGUCGGCUGACUGAGACUCUGUCUGAGCAUCAAUGUCAAGGCUGGAUGCAGGGAUACACGUUGACUGGACGAGUGGGCUUGUUUCCUAGCUAUGAAGCCUUCCUGGGUAUCAUCCACACCAUGAUGGUGCAGUACGCAAAGUUUGGUAAAAUGGCACGCGAGUUGACUUGGCGCAAAUCAAUCGGCAGUAUCAACUACCUGGAGACGUCCACUUGGACUCGGCAAGAGCACAACGGUUUCUCGCAUCAAAAUCCCAGCUUCAUUGGAGCAGUCCUCAACCUCAAACCCGACGCUGCAAGAGUGUACUUCCCGCCGGAUGCCAAUACCUUCCUGUCUACCAUGGCGCACUGUCUUCAGUCCAAGAGUUACGUGAACCUGAUGGUCGGCAGCAAGCAACCUUCGGCGGUGUUCCUGUCGGCAGAUGAAGCAGAAAACCAUUGUCGUGCAGGCGCCUCAGUCUGGAAGUUUGCCAGUACCGACGACGGCUUGAAUCCGGACGUCAUUCUCGUGGGCAUCGGAGCUGAAUUAACGUUUGAGGUUAUUGCGGCGGCAGACCUGCUUCGGAAGAAGGCACCAGCGCUUCGGGUGCGAGUGGUCAAUGUGACGGAUCUUAUGAUCCUCGGCGCGUCUAGCAGUCACCCCCAUGCCCUGUCCGACGACGCAUUCGACGCCCUCUUCACUUCCGAUGUGCCCAUCCAUUUCAACUACCACGGAUAUGCAAACGAGUUGAAGGGCUUGCUAUUCGGGCGGCCGAACUUGAACCGAGUGACAAUUGCAAGUUACAAGGAGGAAGGCUCGACAACCACGCCAUUCAACAUGAUGCUGUUGAACGAGACCAGUCGGUAUCAUGUGGCGAUUCAGGCCGUCAAAGGCGCAGCGCUGUCCAAUGACCUAGUCCGCUUGCAUCUUCACGAGCUGGUGAGUGAGCUCGAGGGGGAGAUCAAAAAGACGCAGAGGUUUAUCGUCGAGGAAAAGACAGGUAUGUUGACUCAUGUCCCACAGUUACAGUCUGGCUUACCUUUUUGAUGCAGACCCGGAACAUUUGGGCAAUGUUGGCCUGUUCAAGAACGACUCCAGCUCUUUGAGCGAGGGCUAAUACUCGGGUAUCUUGGAAUGGGAAACGGGAGGGAGGCCAUCUCGAUCAAGUUUCACUUUUCUUGGACCAUGGUGUUGAGAAUGUCGUAGAGUCCUUGGGAAUUAGCACCGCAUUUCGUAUGGGCACAGUCCGAUCACUCAAAACAGAUGGUAAUGCCAACAUCUUGAACCUGAUCGACCCAAUCACUCUGCCUGUCACAAUCCUUGUUUCAAAGUAGCAUAGUCACGAUGCGGUCUUUGACCAUGGUACUCCGGACAAGAGACAAUUUGGGAUAUUUGUAGAGGCUGUGACCUCGACGACGGAUGUAUGUUCACUAAAAUGGUCUCCCAAGACGGUGCAAGGCAAGAUAGGGAAUGGAUAGGAUGGCGGCCGACUUUGGUCAAGGUCAAGAAAAGAACAAGACAGAAAUUAUGCCUGGUCUAGUUCGGAGGAGGUCAGACGCGCUCGACGCCGUACUCGAUUGGGACGAAAAGAGGGGUAUGCUUCGCAGCUCGGCGGUACAAUGGUGGGUGGGUGACCAUAAGCGAUCAGAAGACGACUGUGUCAUGGUUGGCGAGGAUGAAUAUCGAGAUGGCGAUGCAUUACCACCUGAAGAUCUCGAGUUAGUUUCUCAGAGGGUACUUGUAAGGGAAGAAACACAAUGACAUGUCUCCACUCGCAGGAAAAUGUCACCUGCAACAUAUUUGGUAAUGUCGAGGGAGGAUGUAUAGGACUCGAAACCGCAGUCUGGAC